GAGAAACCGAGCCAUUGCUCUUGGCCAAAGCCCAUAUUCAGUUGUUCCUGGUUCAAUAAAAUUCUCAGAUUCUGCAAUAGAUGUACAAAUAUUAAAUAACAAAACAAAUGUAGUUCUUAGUCUUCAAGUAAUAAUAUUGAAACAUAAUACAGUUAGAUUUAAAAUUAACGAGAUCAAUCCAAUCCACCCUCGUUAUGAAGUGCAAGAUGUUUUAGUAAGCGAACCUACUCAUUCAAGGUAAGUUUUAAUGAAGAGUAUAUUCUUGGUAAUUGACAUAAUGAUAAUCCAACAAUUAUAAUUUUCUUUUGAUUUGAUUUGAAUGAUUUUCAUUGGGAUAUACUGUAUAGAGUGUGCACCCUAGAAAUACUCCCCCCUCCCCCCUGAAAAACAUAGCUGUUUAUAAUGAUCUAAUACUAUGUCUCAUGAUAGAUACAGGUAGUAUUUUGAUAAUUUGCAGACAAGGGUACCUGCCACCCUUGACCCUUCCCCUAAAAAACAUUUCAUACUAGAUCUAUCCCUUUCAUAUUUUGGACAUAGUUGGUGAAAGGGCACAUCCCUUAAUAUAAUCACCAUUGGAUAAAUCUGGAUCCUGCUCUUCUCCUGUCAAGAGUAUAUCUAGGUAGAUUAGCUGUGGUUACACAAUAUACAUCCUCUGUAGAGUCCAGGACUUCCAACCCACUUGAACACAUAUAAGGGGGUCUAGAUGGGGGGAGGGGUCUGAUAAUCAGUAAACAGUAAAAAUUUUGGUAUUUUAACAGUAACAAUAAGUAACAUUUUGGUAUUUUAACGGUAAAUCUUUGAAAAGUGUUCUGCAACGUUAACCAGUAUUUUUAAUAAGUGUUUUCAUGACUGAUAGUACCCGAAAUUGAGUGAAUCAUGACUCACAAUUUACCCCAUCAACACCCUCAUAUAAUGGACUUAAAUUAUCACCCUGCACAGACACCAAUUUCCAUGCUGUAUCUCACGAUAUUGCCUUUUAUUUUCAUUGCAGUUAUGAAAAAGUUAGUGAAAAUGACAAUCAAAUUCAUGUCAAGUUUAACGACAAUGGUUUGAUCAUAACAAUGAAGCCAUUACGUUUGGACUUUCUUGUCGGUAAUCAAAUUGCUGUCUCAGUCAACUCCAAAGGAUUGAUGAAUUUUGAGCAUUACCAAGCCAAGAAAGCGUAAGUUGGACCAGACAUCUUGUGUUUGUUUUAUUUUCAGGUAACCGCGUACCUAACAGACUUUGUGCUUUCAAAUGUCAAUGUUGAUAUUUAACUUUUACAAUAUGAGAAGAUUGGGAAUCUUUAGCUAUUUUAUUAGGUUAGGCAGUCAACAUUGUUGCUUGCGGAUGUCACACAUUCAUAAUCGAGUUGAGCUCUGGGGUUGUCAGUUCUUGUUUAACCCAUUGAGUAAUAGCACUCUACCCUUGAUGAGUAAAAUCAUUUGGUGUUGGACACUCACUAGCCCUAUUCACAUUAGAGACGGACAAGUCGUCUAGACGAACAAAUCGUCUCUCAAAAAUCGUCUUUACAGACGGACAAGUAGUCGAACAAAUUCAGACGACUUGUUCGUCUAAAAUUUUGUCCGACACGUUUUCACAUCUGAUGAUUUGUCCGACUAAAAGACGAUUUUGAGACGAUUUGUUCGUCUAGACGACUUGUCCGUCUUCUAAUGUGAAAACGGCUACUGUCAGCGUAAAAUAAUGAAGUAGGGCACAUCAGCGUGUGUUGCCACUUAAUGGGUUAACAGGACAUAUUGGCAGAUAGCCUGAUUAACUCAUUGAGUGGCAGUACUCUCCCCUUGAUGAUGGGUAAAAUUUUCUGGCAUUAGACAGAGUAGAAUAAUAAAGUGGGAUGCAACCUGAUGUACUUAAAUGGUUAAACUUAAAGAUGCCACUUAAAGGGUUAAAGCCGGCAAUUAAUGCAACUUUAUCACUAUUUACAUAAUGUAAUCACUGUUUUGUGGUAUUAAUGUGAGGAAAAUGUAGUCAAAUCGUGGAAAUGUCUAAUUCAUUUCACUUGUAUUUCUUUAUUCAGAUCAGAGUCAUCAGACUCAUUGUUAGGGUCUCUGUUUAGUUACUUGUAAGUGUUAAAUGUCAAAUUUACACUUCAAUUAUCUGUUAGAUAACAACCCUCUGAAUUUUUGAAGAAGAAUCGCUACAUUCUCAGAUGUGAUUAUUACCACCCUUAGAGCUAAUUUGUACACUAUACCUAAUUCGUAAACCACCCCCCCCCCCUGGAUAUGACCCAAUGAUAUAGCCCUCGAAAACGAGGUCAGCAGUCGGCAAUGCCGACCUAUCAACCUCCCAGGUCGGCAAAUUUUUGCUGACCUUAAUUCAGCAAAAGUAAGAAUCUUUUUUGGUGGUGAUAGCUGUUAAAAAGUCAGCGAUUAUAGAAUUCGAUUCGUAGUUUGAUUAACUAAACACAAUUCGGUGUAAGCUUUAAAAAUUGACGGUAUUCUAUAUAUAAUUUAGGUAAGACUUCAAAAGAAAAGCCGUGUUACUGUAGUUCACGUUUCCGCGCAAAACGGCAUGCUUUAUAUUCCGAUUUCAAUGAUUCGUAAAUACGUGAUUACUAGUGCUCCAAGACAUGGAAACAGAUUUUUGAAAAAAUGCCGAAACGUGCCGACCUACAGUAGGUCAGAUUUAGGAUUUAGGCAUUUUUUUGCCGACCUCAAUUUUGACGGUUUUCGAGGGCUGAUGAUACAGUAUGGCCUUGGUUGUCAAGUUACUCUGCGCGAAUUUGGCCAUGGGAAACAGUUUUCCAAAUUUCCAAGUUUCCUUUGAAAAAGCCUUUUAUCUUUUGGAAAUUGCUGAAGUUUGAAAUCUGGAGACCUUGGCCUCUCUGUUGUACCUUCAGUUGGUCUCCUUGUCAUUUUGUGCCUUUGCCAAACAAGCUAAAAUGUUACGUUAUUCCAGACUGCUUGCUCACAGAAUGGAGAUCUGUUGUAGUGCAUAUACUGUAAUGAUAUACAUAUGACAUAUUUUUUUCGAGGUCUUCAGAAACCAACGUUUUUGACAUUUAUGUCAUCAAUGUGACAGAACUGUUGCUUGCUUAAAAAAGCGACUUUUUUGUUGGCAUCGCUUUUGCAGAUGUGAUAAGUGAUGGUGACAAAGGGAAAUGUUUAGACUGCGAGUGGUCCUUCCUUUCCGCGGGUUUAGAUUUUCUGACAUGCGAGGGACUGCAAGCGGUCUAGGAAAUGUUGUUUUGUGCGAACAAAUUUGCCUAUAGCGGAUAAUAUGCUAGUUUAAACUCUGUCCUCAAAAGGAGCUGGUGCGAAUUGUCUAGCAUGAAAUGUUGGUGUAGUCGCCACCAAACGCUCUUUUUCAUUCUCUUGUAGCAGUUCAGAAAAGAAAACUGAAGAUCCUGAACCAACUAUUGCUGAAGACGAAAACAGUGAAGAAGAGCCUAAAGAUGAGGUACGUUUAAGUUUGAACUUCGAUGUUUUGCGGAGCAAACAAGUUUCCCUUGACAAGUUUUAUUUGCUUGUACUUCCUUGCCAGGGAGCCUUGUUCCAAUGCCAGUGAUGCCAGGUUUUGGACAAGGAAAAUUUGUUUGUGUGUACGGCCGCCAAGGGAAUCUUGACAAGUAUACAGGAAAUACUGUACAAGAAAAACUUGUUGACCGCACACACGAGAAAAUGAACCUGUCACGAAAAACGUGCUUGUCCGUACCGGGCUUUAGUAGACAAUGAACAAGCUUUCGUUGGUAAGAAUGUAAUUACCUGAAAAUCUAUAAGGAGAACUUUGACGUAAGGCCCUUCAUAACUGACGAACAGACAAAGGGCCUUCGCUCGAAACGUCGAAAUUCUCCUUAUAUAUUUUCAGGUAGUUGGCACUACCUACACUGGCAUGACAGAUCAAGUUUAGUAGGCAAUACAUCCAAUAGAAUCGCAGGUUCAAUUCCCGCCAGGGCAUUUUUCGCAGCUGUUUCUGUUUAGGUCUAAUAGAAUGUUAAUAAAUUUCCACUCAAUAACUUCCAUUAACAACACCCUUCAACCAUUAAAUCGAGUGAGAUGCCAGCAAAAUCUUGAUAUUAAUACAUCUGAUAAACAACUUUAAAUUCACUGCAGGAAGAAAAGGCUGACGAAUAUUCCAAAGAAGAAGACGAAGAAGAACCAAAGCCAGCUGAAGACGAAUCCUGGGAGGAAUCAUUUCAUGAACAUAAAGAUUCUAGACCUAAAGGUAUUUUGCGUAAUGAACCAAGUAAUGAACCUGUGGAAUAGACCUUUCCCCUUGAUCACAGCUUGAAAGAGCAUCACAAAAUUAGUAAUAUUCCUAAGUUUCGUUGCGAAAUGUUGUAAAAUGCGGAUAAUAUAGCCUUGCGAAGUUUGCCGUUUUUCAGUCAUUUAGAUUACAAAUGGGAAAUUGAUAAUCAGAUGAUCAAACUGAUUAUCAAUUUCCCGUUUGUAAUGCAAAAUGACUGAAAAACGGCAAACUUCGCAAGGCUAUAUUAUCCGCAUUUUACAACAUUUCGCAACGAAACUUAGGGAUAUUACUAAUUUUGUGAUGCUCUUUCAAGUUGUGAUGAAAUUUUUGUCCAGACUUGUCUUGAUCAAAAUCUCACUUAAAAGGGGAAAGGUCUAUUCGAUUUUCCUGUAUCUCUAAAGCACUUCCAUCUUCCCCAAAGGUGAAGCCAAUGAUUGUUGUGCUGACUUCCUUUGUGUUUUGCUCAUGAAUUAUAAAUGAGUUUGAGAAAUUAUAUUACAGGACCUUCAUCUGUUGGUCUGGACAUCUCAUUUCUUGGUUUUGAUAAUGUUUAUGGUAUUCCCGAACACGCAGAGUCCCUGGCACUCAAAUCAACUAUGUAAGUUUGAAAAUACGAUUACCUUCAGUUUGGCAGUCAAAUGCUUGACCAAGUUAAUUAACCAGCUGAUAGUGCUAUAUAACCUUAGUUUAAUGAGUAUACGUUAUUUAGGGGCAAAGAACCGUAUCGUCUAUUCAAUCUGGAUGUAUUUGAGUAUGAUUUGAACAAUGGGAUGGCUUUAUAUGGCUCUAUACCGUAUAUGUUGGCACACAGGUAUACAGUAGAACGUGAACUAAUUAGCAAAUAUGCUGAAGAUCUCACUCCAGAUAUAUAUAGAGCUCGCUGGUUAGAACUACCUGAAGUGAAGACCUUUCAUCAGCUAGUACUAAGCCACAUUAUGGCUACCAACAUCCUUGGUCAAAAUGUCAAAGUUAAUUUAGUAAACACUUUGAAGUUUUGACCAAGGAUGUUAGUCUUUAGAAUCGUUUUCAGGUUGCUAGACACCGACCUCUGCAGUUUAUGGUAUAGAAAAGCAUCUAUACUGGACCCUAAUUAUUUUGUUGUGUCUGUAUAUUAUGUUAUAGUGUGAAUAAGACUGUCGGUGUCUUCUGGUUGAAUGCCGCUGAAACGUGGAUUGAUAUCAGUACUGAGGAUGCUAAGAAGGUACUAGGUUUUAGUUCAGUUUCAUUAAAGUGCGACUAAUCCCGAAUAUAACUUUUGGUAUGUGUAUAUAUUUGGGUCAUUCUAACAAGAAAUGUAAUAUAUCGUUAUAGGAAAAUAUCUCAUCUUGAUCAACUUUUUCACUGUCAAAGUUUCCGGAUAGGAUGUCAUUGGAUGAAUUGCAAAUUAGUUUUCCUUUGUUUUUUGCUCCAAAGGUUCAUCUAAUGACAUCAUAUCCGGAAACUUUGACAGUGAAAAAGUUGAUCAAGAUGAGGCUUUUUACUAUAAACUAGAUAUAUUACAUUUCUUCGUAGAAUGACUGGGUCAGUCGCACUUCAGCAGACUUGUAGCAGACUUCCCUCAAUGGUAAGGCUCAAAAUUUUUCUCAACUGAAACUUUUUCUAUUGUUUUAAUUUGUUGCAUAGAACGUGUUGGGUUCAUUAAUGUCGUACUUCAGCGCGGAGGACAAUUCUCAGCAGAUUGACACACAUUGGAUGUCAGAAAGUGGAAUUAUUGACGUGUUUGUGAUGUUAGGUCCAAAACCUCAUGAUGUAUUUCAACAAUAUGCCGCACUCACGGGACCCGCUACUCUACCCCCGGUAAUACAAAGUUGUAGUCUUAGCAUUAAUCAUACACAAGAAGGAGUCUUGCUUCAUGGCUGGUGCCUUGGGGAAAAUGCACUCCCUGCCGUCCCCCUCUCUCGGCAGUCCUGGUCAAGACUAAAAACCUUCACUCGCUUAUAACCUUCACUCGCUUAUCUUUAGAUGUUUGCCAUAGCCUAUCACCAGUGUCGUUGGAACUACAAUGACCAAGAUGAUGUUAUAACGUAAGAAGAAUAUUUUUACUGCGAAUACCAUAAGUUGGUUCAUUGUCUAACAAGAUACGAUUGUCUGGAAACUAAACAGAAGUCAUUGUGUGAUGUUUUUGUCUGAGUUUAUGUUAACUUGUGCACGGCCCAGUGAUUGAGCACAUUGUAUUUUGGUAUAAUUAAGUAACCGCCCAAUAGGGAUAGCCACUGUAAGAUAAACGUGCAAUCACGAUGAAUAAUAUUAAAUGAAGUUUUAUAGACAAAAGAUUUGUGCACGGUGAGGUAUAGUUCAACAUCAAACAAAGGUUUUCUAUUUUGUAGCUUUGAAGUUUGCCGGGCUUCCAGACCGUCAUCAGGGUUCGUAGCGGUCUUUGAAAUCCUUGAAAGUCUUUAAAUUUGAAUGCAGGUCUUUAAGGUCUUUGAAAAGUCUUUGAAGUGUGCGAAAAAGCGAAGAAAGUCUUUAAAAGUCUUUAAAUUCUUUAGUGAUUAUUUGAUUAUACGAUUUUCUAACUAAUAAAAUAGAUUGAUUGAAGCAAAAUUUGACAAAAAAGUGCAUUUUAGGAUGUGAUUUGACGGGACUAAUUACCUGGUAAAAAUGGUGCUUAUACAUCGCAUGAUCGCAAUUUUUCGACACCUGAUUGCUCACAAAGGUCUUUGAAAAGUCUUUGACAAUAAGCAGAAAAAAUCUUUGAAAGUCUUUGAAAUUUUUUGGUCUUGGAGACUACGAACCCUGGUCAUAUCUUAACAGACUAUGGCAGGCUUCGUGCAGCAGGUGAUUCAACCGGCAGCUAUCACAGUGAGAAAAUAGUAUCAAUUCCUUUCACUAUAUGGAAAAGUCGUGUAUUUGGUGACAAAUAAAUCUAAAAGAGAGAUGCAGUUCAAUUGUCUCGCGCCUAUAGAUAUUUCUGAUCUCUUAUUGAAACUCAACAUUAAAUGGUCAGCAAAUAGAAAUAUAUAGCAGAAUUCAUCCAUUGAAUUCUCAUUUCAGUGUUGAUGCAAACUUUGACAAACAUGAUAUUCCAUACGAUGUUUUGUGGCUGGACAUUGAACACACGAAUGGAAAACGGUGAGUACCAGAAGAUGUCCUGCUAGAACAUUCACAAGUGGGCAGCGUAGUAGAUAGUCUCACCUGGUUUAAAAAUUUAAAUCUCGUUCUUUCAACCAGAUACAUGACUUGGGAUUCUGCCAAAUUUCCAAAUCCUGAAGAAAUGCAAAACAAAUUGGCUGACAAAGGAAGAAGAGUAUGUACUGUACUAUCCAGAAUUUUUUAUUCCUGUAAGAUGAGACUUCGUCUCGGAGACUUUGUACUCGCCUUUAGAGACAGCCACUAGUAGGCUUGUAUGUUCGUCUCUUAGAAAUCUUGUUAGGAUGGAAAAUGAGUUAUUUUAUAUUUUUUCCUAGAUGGUCACCAUUGUGGACCCACAUAUUAAAAGGGACGAUGACUACCACAUUCACAGGGUAUGCUUCUUCUUGCUAAAUGUUGGACACAUAUAGCUGUCACUAUGGAGGGGUACACCAUCAUUUUAUUCCUGUAUCUUAAAGGGGCAGUGUCACGGUUCUACUGCGCAUCCAAAAUAUACGCGAACUUGAACUGUCUGCCAACAGUUAAUCAAGUUAGGAGUGAAAUACGAUAUACUAUUUAUAAUCUCUUCGUUAUGCAGGACAUCUUUGAUUUGUUUUAAAAAUUGAAGGCUGUUGCAUCUUUUCCAGUCAUCUAGCAUUAAUUUUAAACGUUUCUUUGCGCCGUUUAUUUUAGCCAAUCAGCGCCGUGACACUGCCCCUUUAAACAGGAAGAGUGAGUUUACCUACUACUGUGUACAGCAUGGUGUCUGGGGGUAUCUGUUAACUGGGAAAAAAACCCUGGUACCCUUUUAUGAGGAUCGUAAGUUAACACUGGUAAAAACGUUUUCCAAGAGUGUUUGGUUUGUCUUUCAACAGGAAGCCAGUUCAAAAGGUUACUACGUCAAAAAUAAAGAUGGCGCUGAUUAUAAUGGAUGGUGCUGGCCAGGUAAUGAACUGAAGACGUUGACAAUUAUGUACGAGAAUUAUGUACAUUAUGAAGACGUUAUGAAUUAGGUGAAAUUUGUUGAGUUAAAUAUCAUUUUUAUGUCCCAGGUGAAUCAUCUUGGAUAGAUUUCUUCAAUCCAGAAGUGAGAGAUUGGUGGGCCAGUAAAUUUGCUCUGGAUCAAUAUAAAGGUUCUACUCCAACCCUGAGUGUAUGGAAUGAUAUGAACGAGGUAUAUGUAAUCUGUUUACAUUCAAACAUCCGGAAAUCAUUGGUGGUCGCUUGACUCCCUUCAUCUCUCAUCAUAUACCCCAACACCAGUUUUGCAAUCCUGGCCACCAUCAUUGUAACAGUAACUUUCAUAACCAUCAUCAUAUUCGCCGUUAUAACCAUCAUCAUCGUAACCACCAUCAUAAUCACCAUUAUAAUAGCCAUCAUCAUAAUCACCAUUAUAAAGCAUAACCACCAUCAUAACCAUCGCAAUCACUAUUGUUAUAACCAUCAUAAUAAUCACCAUUAUAACCAUCAUAAUCACCAUUAUAGCCAUCAUCAUAAUCACCAUCAUAAUAAUCAUAAAAUCACCAUCAUAACUAAAUUGACUACCGUUAUUAUUAUCAUCAUAACCACCAUUACCAUCACGAUCUAUAACUAGUAACAUCAUCACAAAUGUAUUUAAUUUGGUGUGUCUGCAGUUACUGUCAACUACUUUCAACCAUCAUUAUUUUUUUACAACUGGCAGAUGUCUGUGUUCAAUGGUCCUGAGAUCACCAUGCAUAAAGAUGCCAUGCAUUAUGGUGGCUGGGAGAACCGCGAUGUUCAUAACCUUUACGGUUUUUACAAUCAAAUGUCAACAUACAAUGGCUUGAAACGAAGAUCUAGCGAUAAGGAGAGGCCGUUUGUUUUGUCGAGAGCUUUCUUUGCAGGCACACAGAGAUACGGUAGGUUGGUCGGUUGUUAUUCUCAUUAUAGCAAGGAUUUAAUUGUGGGAGGGUUUUGUAGAUGGAAAUUUUGAGUGUGGAUUUUUUAGAUAGCAGUUCAAAAUGGCAUCAUGUUAGUUCGUUAUUCCUUACCAGGUCUUACAACUGCGACACCAGACGGUACUUUGUUCGCAGCUUGUAAUUCUUCCCUAGUACAGUCAGGGAAACUGCGAAGCUUGUCAGUGCGGAAAUUGCUGUCAUUUUAGCAAUUUCCGCACACAGUAUUUAUAUAUUGUGUGCGGAAAUAGUAUCGAUGGUAGUAUAACUAAUUUAGUAUAUAACUGAUUAAUAGUAUAACUGAUUAAUAGUAUAACUGAUUAAUAGUAGUAUAACUGAUUUAUCGGCAAGUUGUUUUUGUAGUCAGGGAAAAUAUUCGAGUGGCUCGGAUUAAAAAGUAAUAGUUAUAGCAAAAAUUUUGAUAAAUUUACGAAAAUUACUAGAAAAUUCAAGAAAUUACGGUACUGUACGUUAUUGUGGGGGUUAGUGACCAACAAUUUUGGGAAAAGAAAUAUUAAGUAUACAAAAUUUGUGAACUUUGCAAGGCUAUGUUUUCCACAUUUUACAACAUUUCGCAACCAAACUUUGCAAUUUUACAAAUUUUAGUAUGCUCUUUCCGAGAAUAUACUUUUUUUGCUAUGAUAAAAAAUGAGUCUAUAAUGGGAAUUGUUUAUUCUAAUAGAAAACAGCCGCGGGAAUAUUAAAAAUACGGUCGGGGGAAACACGAAAUUUGGAUUGUGUUACUGGUGGUUGCCGCUGCUUCGAAAUUACAAUGGGGAGAAAGUAUCCGAUCUAAUAAAUACCGAGAGGUCGGAACCUGGGGCAGAUUUAGGUCGGCAUUGCUUUGCCGACCUCAGUUUUAACUUUUUUCAAGGGCUGUGUAUAAACAAACGUUAGUCAAAUUUGUCUGUUAAUAACUUACUUGAAGAAAACCCUGACCACUCUUCUGCAUGUUUCAUUUUCCUUCGCAGGAGCCAUAUGGACUGGCGAUAAUAUAGCUGAAUGGUCGCAUUUAAAAAUGUCUUUACCAAUGAUUUUAACGCUGGGAAUCACCGGACUGCAGUUCAGUGGAGGUGGGUAAUAGAGGGGUCUUUGUUUGUCCUCGUGCUUGUAUUAAUUGAGUUAACUACAAAAUAGUAGUUAAAAUUUUGUUAGUAGGGUUAGUCCCAGAACAUUUUAAAAAGGAAUUUUAGUUAUAGUUUGAAAUUUCUUUUCAGCCGAUGUUGGUGGAUUUUUCAACAAUCCAGAUGCCGAACUUCUUGUUCGAUGGUAUCAGGUAAUCUCACUUGCAUACAUUUGGUUAUAUUUGCUUCAUUUUAUGAUCAGCUACCGCGUGUUUAUAUCGCACUGCGACAGCCAAUGUAUUCAUGCAGAUAUACUGUACUGUAAAGGAAGGAGUCGGUGGACUAUCAGAAAACUGAUCGAGUAGCAACGGGAAAAAACAUGCGUUUGCUGAUGAGGUCUAUUUCAUUUACAUAAACAUUUCCGAAAUUAAACUUUUAUUUGAAAUAAGCACUCCAGGUUUUUGCACAACUGGUGGGGGGUUUCUAAUCGGCCGGCCAGGGUCAUGGUCCCCCAGAAAAUGUUAGUGUUUGCGAAACGCUAAUUCGUGCAUUUUAGACACAUUUUAUGAUCAUCUGAAAAGCCACAGAUGUGGUAUAUUUUAUGUCAUAGCUGAAAACAUUAGGAGGUCACGCCCCCCCCCCCCAGUUUCUCCUCAGUUUUGAAAGAAUUACCAAAUUGGUCGUGAAGAAAAGUAGGGGCCCGGACCCCCAUCCCCCCCCCCCGUGGCUACGCCUCUGACACCCUGCAUGUAUUUGUUUCUUUUCAGACUGGCGCCUAUCUUCCAUUCUUCCGCGCACAUGCUCACUUGGACACAAAACGCCGUGAACCGUGGUUAUUUGAAGAUAAAUACAAGAACUUGAUGCGUGAAGCAAUUCGACAUCGUUAUGCAUUGCUACCAUUCUGGUACACGUUGUUUCAUGAAGCGUCUAAAUCUGGCUCGCCUAUUGUUACGUAUGUGAAACUUUGAACUAAGUAUUAGUUUAUUUUGCUUGUUCAAGCUGUUAAGGCCUAGGACAAAUUCCUGGGUGCCGCAGGAUUAACAUGUACUCUGGCUGACAGGACCGUCGCUAUUGGGGGGAGGGGGGUGACACCCCCUGAAAACAUCUUGUCGGCAAAAUAACGGAUUUGUCGGCAAGUUGUUUUUGUAGUCAGCGAAAAUUUUCGAGUGGUUCGGCAAAAGUAAUAGUUAUAGCAGUUGUUUGAUUAAAUUAUGGUAUUAUAGUGAAAAAAUUUAAGAAAUUACGUACUGUACAUUAUUGUGGGUAGUGACCAGCAAUUUUGGGAAAAGAAAUAUUAAUUAGCGAUGAAAUGUUGUCGGCAAGUGCGAUACUACUCCCUGCUUUAGCCUCUUCGCUACGACCCUGCUGACUGAUGUAUGUUAUGUCCCUUCGAAGUAUACGGAUAUGACAAAUAGUUUCGUUAUAUUUAGACCUUGUGGGUAGAGUGUCCUGACGACAAGUCAACUUACUAUGGAAGAUCAAUAUCUGCUAGGCUGUUUUAGGAGGAGGAACUUCCACUCUUAAAGCCUUUGAAUGGUAAUGUAGCUGGAUUACUGCGGAACAAAGCUAGCUGUAACUAUAACUCCAAUACUACGAAUCAAUGGAAGGCUAUAAAUUAGACCGUAACUUUACUGGUAAUUUAAAGUGAAAAAGUUUAAAGAACUGAGAUAUGCAACAAAAAAUGGGUGGUAAUAUGGUGGCAACCUAAAUCCCCGCCUCGUUCAAAUGUUUUGCGAAUUGAUCAUCAUAAUGUUUUCUUUUCUCGCACAGGUCGUGAUCUGUUGGUAAAGCCAGUAACAACACAAGGGCAGGCUACACUCGAUGUCUAUCUUCCUGGCAAGGACGAGGUAUGACCGUAGUAUACAGUACAUGCGAUGGCUAAGAGAAAACGAACCCUAUUUCCUUAAUUGCCGAUGUUUUUUUAAACUUCUCAGUUGUGGUAUGAUCUGUCUGGGACGAAAUUCCAUCUUGGAGGUCAAACUAUACACGUGGCAACACCUCUUAACAUGGUAACCUUUUACUCUUCUUAAUGACAAAACAAUUUAUUCCGCGCAAGUAAAGUCCCGUGCAAGAGAGCAAGUUUUAGGGCCCAUUUCCACUCAAGAGAAUUUUCCACGGACAGAAAAUUUUUCGAAAAUAUGAUUGUUAAAAGUUGAAAAUUUUAAACUUUCAACUUCAACAUUUUUUUUCCGACGGAAAAUUUGUGUAGGCCAAUCACAUUUUACAAAUUUUUUUUUCCGCGGAAAUUUUCUUGAGUGGAAAUGGCCCUUUAUUUGCUGGUGUGUAGGAGCCUUGUUCCAAUGCUAGUCAUGAAUGCCACCUUUUGGAGAAAGAAAAUUUGUUCGUGUGUGUACGGCCGCCAAGGAAAACUUGACAAGUAACUUGUACAAGAAACACUUCUAUAUGGUUUUGGCAAACAAAAGGCGGCCUUGACGUGAGAUAAAUGUUUAACAACAUUCCGUGUACACACGAGAAAGUAAAUUUGUCAAGGAAAACUUGUUGACCGUACACACGAGAAGUUAAACUCGUCAAGGUGAAUUUGAAAGAUGUUAUUGCAUUUGGUUGAACUUGAAUGCUGGAUUUGGUGAAUAAUCCAAGUGAGCAUAUAUACAUAAUUUAAGACCUAACCAGGAACGGUUGCGAAAAAUACAACACUAGGUCCUCUGGCAGGAAUCAAACCUGCAGCCCUGCGAUUCCGGUGCAGCGCUUUAACCAACUGAGUUACAGUCGAGCUAUAACCGCAAGCCCAUGUGUAUAGAUUUUCGGGUGUGCGGGUCCUCUGGCAGGAAUCCUCUGGCAAGGAAACUUGGCAAGGAAAACGUGCUCGUCUGUACGGGACUAGAAUUCUCAUGUAGUGCAUUGAUGAUGUUAUGGAAACGUUUAUUAUUUCCGUCCAUAGAUUCCGGUGUUCCAACGAGGUGGAAGUAUUGUACCACGAAAAGAACGAAUUCGACGUUGUUCUUCUCUCAUGACUGAGGAUCCCUACACUCUUGUUGUGGCGCUUCAUAAAAAGGUAUUUGGAUGUGAACAGUAGUGAGUGAAUCUGUGAAUGCACCAUGGGAUAUUUUCUUGCAAGAAUUUUUUUAAGUCCGAAGCUUAAGUUCGAAGGUGUGGUAACUGUGCAGGAUUUUUUUUUUAUAGACUUCUGCAUAUUCCAUGAUUUUUUCAAAUUCCAUUCUUUGCAUGUUUUUUUGUGUGGUUUUUUUUUUGGGGGGGGGGGAUCUGCUCCUCCUUCCAAGAAUAUCUAUUGGUCCACCCUUACUUUAGGUUUCCUCUUGCAUCCAGAAACAUUGGACCAAUGGGUGGUCUCUGCUACACUUCUAGAUAAAUUGAUAAAACAGUUCAGAAUCCCAGCAGUGUAGUACAGUUUAGUUCAAAAGGGAAAUAUCUAAUUAGCAUGCAAGAGACAAGAAGUGACCAAUAUAUGAUCACUUGUUACUAUCAUUUUAGGGUGAAGCCGAAGGCAAGCUGUAUUUGGAUGAUGGAAUAAGUUUCGACUAUCAAAAAGGGAAAUAUGCAUAUCGAGAAAUUACAUUCAAACAAGGAAAACUGGAGUCGAAGUAAGAUGUUUUAAAUAUUUUUGUGUGUGUUGGUGUUAUGUACUCAGGUGAAGUGAAUAUGAUGUUUGUGAUCUUACUCUGAGUGUGCAUCCACACCGGACAAGUUGAAAAGUUUGCCUGACCACGGUAGAGCAUUGGACUAGUAUCCCAAAGGUCGCGGGUUCCAUUCCCACCGUGGUCAGGGAAACCUUUUAGCUUGCCCGGUGUGGAUACACAUUCAGAGUACCAUCACAAACAUCAUGUUUUAAAUCUACUUUUGGCGUCUUGAAUUUCAUGUAUAUGUUUUUAAAUUUUGACUUGGUUGUGUAUAAAUUCCAGGUGAGUUUGUACUUGUAUGAGUUGCAACUGUUCUAAUUUAGGCUUACAUGGAUUUUUAAGAUCAAGGAGGUUGUAUUGUUAUUUAGAUUGGGAGAGAAAUCUUGAUGAACAAAAUUGGGAAUAAACAAGUGCAGUUUCGAAAAACAAGAACGUUUUUUUCGCACGAAAGCUGUUUGUUAUUUUAUUGUCGUAAAUUUUCAGGACGCUUUCUGCUGUAUAUGGGCCAGUGCUGGGAAAUGUCCGGCAGCGACCAGGAAAUUUUAACAAAUAUCUUCGCAGAAAGUUUUCUUACACCUUGCAACAGAGAACACCUUGCAGGAAAUUUUUGUCAUCUUAUAUACUGGAAUGCCAUAAUAAUUUUCUUAUUGUUCAAAAAUUCCCAAAGCAUUUUGUUUUGUAAGUCGAGAUUGUGUUGUGGCGUGAUCGAAGUUUAUCACAUUGUGCGGCGCCAUACGUUCUCUGAAAUCUACAUAUGCACGAAGUUUUAUAUAUGGAAUUUUUAAUUUUGGAUUUUGCCGCCAGGAAAAGAAAUAUAUUUUCUAGGCCUGAUAUAGGCGUUCGACUGCACUGUUAUAAUACCCAUGAAAUUUUUUACCAGAUCUUUAGAUAGUUCAUCUCAUUAUGAAACAAAGUCGUGGCUCGAACGUAUUGUCAUAUUGGGAAUGAGUCAAAAUCCAUCACAGAUAGUUGUCACUGAUAAAGGUAAUUACAUCGUUCAUUUCAGGGAUGGAUUUACUGAGGGGUGCCUCCCCCCCCCCCCUAGCCCUGACCAGAGAGGGUGUUAUUUUUCAUGAUAAAGCUAAAAAAUGUUAGAGACAAAAUGAGGUACAGUAAUUUGAUUAAUAACAUGAUAUAUUUAUAUAACUAUAUUUUCCGUAUUUUACAACAUUUUGCAACCAAAUUUGGCAAUAGCUAUAAUCAUUCUUGUCUGGAUCAAUCGUUCAUUUCAGGGAUGGAUUUACUGAGGGCCCCCCCCCCCUAGCCCUGACCAGAGAGGGUGUUAUUUUUCAUGAUAAAGCUAAAAAAUGUAUGCCUAUUUAUAAAGCAAAAUAAAGAAAGGUGCACUUAACUCAACCUUAAUUCAGCGAAUCAACCGUGUAAAUACUGCUUGGUUUGCUGAACAACUUUUCAUAUUUAAAUCAUUUGUUCAGUCACGUAUUUUUUAAUUAAAGAAAUGUUAUGUUCCUUUGUAUGUUUGAAUGGUGACUGACAUAGCCGACAGUAAUUAUAUCUACUACAAAGGCUGGUUUACAAUAUAUAAAAGUUUCUGUGAUUGCAGUAGGAAUUGUGCAUGGGUAAAGUUUUGAACGAUUUGAGGGAACUGACUCCGUGUUUAAUACUGUAUGAAUCAGUUCUCUCAAACAUUUCUUACGAAUCCUUCAAAACGUAUAAUUACCUAUGCAAAAUUCCUACUCUGAUCACAGAAAUUUUGAUUCAAAAGCAUGAGGCAUGAGAUGCGUUUCUUGAAUAUCGAUAAACUACGGCUACAUUUUAUUUCUUCAGGCAAGUCGUUCCAAACUUUGCUCCAGAAAAGGCAAAACCUUUUUUUCAAAAAAACUAUGUAGUGGUUUUGGCAGAGUUGGAAUUAUAAGCUUGUGAUUAAGCCUUCCUUCUGCAAGAGUUUUCCAUUUCAAUAGACUCUUUGCAGUUAACUGAAAAUAGUUGACACCAAAAAGUGACUAGAGAGCAUGAAAAGCUAUGGGAUUUGUAAACAAAGAUCAAAGGAGUAAGACAGAGUAUAGCGUUUUUCUUGCUCUCCAGAUUUUGCAGAGUUUCAGAUUUGACUUCCACUACCGCUACCAUUAAGCGACCAUUAGCCAAUCAGAUGCGUUUGAUAUACCCGAUUAGCCAAUCUGGGGUCGGUUGUUCAAAAGCCGAUUAGCUUAAUCCUAGGUUAACUUAAAAUUCAAAGUACACUUCCUAACAGCUUGUUUAUAAAUUUGGAUAUAUUUCUUCACAAAUUAUGUCUGGUUCAAUAGAAGUUUUCUUUUCUGACAUUUUGAAAUAAAUGGACAUGCAGAAAUAUGCAAACUAAAACAGCGGGUUAAAUUUUAACCCUGGGUUAGCGCUAAUCGACCUUUGAACAACCGCCCCCAGAUGCGUGUGAUAUACCCGAUUAACCAAUCAGAUGCGUUUGAUACACCUGAUUAACCAAUCAGAUGCGCACUAAGCCAGUAAGAGAGGUAGCGGUAGUCAAAUAUGAACCUCCAUAUUGUUAUGCAAAGUGCUUUAUGCCAGUUGGAAAGGGCCAUUAGGUGAUGUGCAAGUUACGUCACCGUCGCCAUGUUGGAUGACAUUGGCAAUCACAAAGGAUUUUGCUUGUUUGCAAUGCAAAUUUCAUCCAACAUGGCGAAAAUAUCUUUGUCCUUUGAAUCCCAUGGGAAUGGUUGCGCAUCACCUAUUGGUUACAUACAUUCAGGUUUUUGACCACAAUCCAUAACUUCUAUUGUGUAGAUGGUAAAACACGAAAACUGGAUUACCAGCACGACGCCGGCGCCUAUCGACUGACAAUUAAGAAACCGGCCGUGAAUAUGGCAGAGGACUGGAGCAUAGUGUUGUACGCCUGA